AGCAGCGACACUAACUAUCGUAGUGAUACAUCCAUCAAACAAAAUAAUGGCGGCCUCCCCGUGGGCGCUCAUCCUCCUCCUGGCCGCGGCCUUCGCCGCAGGGACCGGCGCGACGACCUUCUCCAUCACGAACCGCUGCUCCUACGCAGUUUGGCCGGCGGCCAUCCCGGUGGGCGGCGGCAGGCGGCUCAACAGCGGUGACACGUGGAACCUCGAGGUCCCCGGCGGCACCAGCGCCGCCCGGAUCUGGGGCCGCACAGGCUGCAACUUCAACGUCGACAGAGGGAGCUGCGCCACCGGCGACUGCGCUGGCGCGUUGCACUGUGGCCUGUCUGGCCGCCCGCCGGCGACACUUGCGGAGUUCAGCCUCGGCUCGCAGGACUACUACGACAUUUCGGUGAUCGACGGGUAUAACGUCCCCAUGGAUUUCUCCUGCAGCACCGGCGUGGCGCUCCGGUGCCGGGACGCCGGCUGCUACGAUGCGUACCAUCAGCCCAACGACGUCAGGACCAAAUCUUGCGGCGGUGGCAACAGGAGCUUCCGUGUUGUCUUCUGCCCAUGAUGAUGACCUUACGAUGCAUGACGCGUACGAGAUGGCUGGAUUGUACGGCUCACAUAUAUGUACACGGAGUGUAAGUGUGCGACGAUCGAGCGAGACACAAGCACAUUAAAUAAACUGUUGAAUAAAGGUAAGGUAAAAAAAUUACUAGUA